AUGGCAGCCCGCUCUUGCACUCCGCCACGUACCAGCACCUCUCCCGACGGCACGCCGUUCGUGUGCUACCACCGCCUCUCCGACUACCCACUGGAGCGCAGCUGCUCGCCGCCCACGCCAAAGCGCCAGCGUAACAGCUGGGGUUACCCCGCAAAUGAUUUAGGCACGGAGAUGCGACCAAGCCAGCUGAUGACGCCCAAGGCGUCCCGUGUGGAGUCACAACUGUCCCAAGCUGCACUCUGUACACCACAGACGAUGCGCGAAGAGUUACAGCUUCGCGCGAACCUGGAUGCGGAGUUGUCGCUUGUUAGAUUGGACCGCGCUUGGCGUCCAGGGCCGUCUGUGACGCCACUCGUAGAUGGUCUCUACGUUGGGGGCCUGCCAGAUGAGGAGACGUUGGAGUACCUGCGGCGUGAGGGCAUCGACACCAUUAUUAACUGCUGUGCAGGAGAGUACGAGACCCGUGAAUGCGAGCAGGCAGAAUUCAAGGUACAUAGUAUCUGUGCGGAAGAUCAGAGUGAUUACUUGAUACUGUACCACUGCUAUGACCGUUUUGCGGAAAUCGUUAACGAGGCGAGGCGGGCUAGCCGCCGUGUCUUUGUUCAUUGCAUCGCAGGCAUCAACCGCAGUGUGACGCUCUGCAUUGCAUACAUCAUGCAGCAUUACCACAUGGACCCUGUCAGUUGUGUGCGGUUCAUUCGGGCGCGGGGACGGACAGACAUUUUGCGCAAUGUCGCUUUUCGUCACCAAUUAGUAGACUUUUACCUCAACACGCCAUCGACGUAA